UGUUUUGUCUGGCGUUCGUUUAUUUACUCGUGGUAACGAGGAAGUUCUCGAUUCACGUAAUAAAGCAAGUCUAUUACAGUGGCAAGAAUUUUGAUUCAUUUUUGUUUCCAUGCGCUAGGUAGGCUAGUUUAUCUACUAAUUUGAGUGAAACCUAAAUACUCAACUAUCCCAUAAAGAACAAGUGUAAUGGCGGCACUGAACGAUACAAAUGCAUCUGGAGACAACUUAUUGAAAAACGAAGACAGUCUUCCAGCUGUUGAAUUGAAAACAAAGGAUAAAAAUCAUGACCAACAUCAGGAUAAUCAAGAUGUGGAUGUUCUUGAUCAGGAUGAAGUGAGAUUGAAGCGCACUAUCACAGUUAUGAAUGGCGUUGGAAUAAUCGUAGGUAAUAUCAUUGGAUCUGGUAUAUUUGUGUCACCAAAAGGUGUUUUGGAAAACACUGGUUCUGUUGGGUUAUCACUUAUUGUAUGGACAAUGUGUGGUAUAUUAUCUACAAUUGGGGCACUUUGUUAUGCUGAACUCGGAACAACUAUUCUAGAAUCUGGUGGAGACUACGCAUAUAUAUUAAAAAUUUUUGGAUCACUUCUAGCAUUUCUAAGAUUAUGGAUUGCAGUGUUGAUUAUCUAUCCAACUAAUCAAGCAAUCAUUGCGUUGACUUUUGCAAAAUACGCUGUUUUUCCAUUUUUUGAAACAUGUGCAGCUCCAGAGUCAGCCGUCAGAUUAUUAGCGGCAAUAUGCAUUUGUAUUUUAACAUGGGUCAACUGUAAAAGUGUGAAGUGGGCAACACGUGUUCAAGAUAUUUUUACUUUUGCUAAACUCGGUGCUCUGAUUCUUAUUAUAAUUUGUGGAUUUGUACAGAUAUUUAGAGGUAAGGCUAAAUACCUUGAUCCAUCUGUGUCAAUGUUGCCGGUAAAAGAGGAUGUCAGUGCUGAUAAAAUUGCAAUUGCGGCAUAUCAAGGAUUCUUUGCAUAUGCAGGAUGGAAUUAUCUCAACUUUAUUACAGAAGAGAUGAUCAAUCCUUACAGAAAUCUUCCUCGUGCAAUCCUUAUAUCAAUGCCUCUUGUAACUAUUGUUUACAUUUUGGCAAAUGUUGCUUAUUUUUCUGCAAUGUCGCCAAACGAUUUAUUAGCAUCUGAUGCUGUCGCAGUGACACUUGGAAACAAUUUACUAGGAGUGAUGGCAUGGAUUAUUCCUAUCUCUGUCGCGAUGUCAACAUUUGGAGGUGUUAAUGGAUCAUUACUAGUAUCAUCCAGAUGUUUUUUCGUUGGAGCAAGACAGUCACAUAUGCCCGAAUGCUUAGCUCUUAUCAACAUUAAAAAUUACACUCCGGUACCAGCUCUACUAUGCACAGCUGGUUUAUCCCUCCUGAUGUUGGUUACAAGUGAUAUCGAAUCUUUGAUCAACUACGUUGGAUUUGCUAACUGGGUUUGGUAUGGAGUUGCUAUCGCUGGUCAAGUAUAUUGGAGAUUUAAAUUUCCUGACUUGGACAGGCCUAUCAAGCUGAACAUUGCGCUACCAAUUUUAUUCUGCAUUAUUUGCGCUUUUAUUCUCAUUUUAUCCUUCGUGAGUGCAUUCUGGGAAUGUGUUAUUGGUACUGCUAUCACACUGACGGGUAUUCCAGUAUACCUCAUUUUUGUAACAUUCGAAAACAGGCAUCCGGCGUGGUUUGUUAACCUAAAACAAAACCUUACGAAGUUUGUGCAAAAAGCAUGCAUUGCUCUUCCACAAAGCGUACAACCCACCAAAGCUGACUAGAAAAAAUGUGAUAAUCAAAAAUAUCAAGCAGAACUUUUCAUAAAUUCUCCGUCAUUUGUACUUUUCAUUUUACGAGCAUAGAAGAAGUUGUAUACCAUUUUAGAGAAAUACUUGAACAUGCUAAACAGGGUAUAAGGUGCUUUUCAUUCAAUUCGAAUAUUUCGCUAAACUUUUGCACUUUUUCUGCCAUAUUUCUGACUUAUACCUUUAUAUAUUUUGUAUUGAAUGAUAAACCAAAUUCAAUGUCAAGUUUAGAUAAGGAGAUCUUCACACAAUUCUUAUUCAGAUCCGUUUUGGAUAGAAAUCUCGUAGUCGGAGUCCAGUAAUCAUAGAUAGAAUACGAGUCAAUCACUCAGUCUCACGAGAGGUUCAUUGGUAACAAUUUAUAUGACUUGAGUCACUCUCGAGUGUUUGUGAAAAAAAAACUCAAUUCCAAUCAAUGACCGAGCUACCCCGACACUUUAAAAUUCAGAUACAAUCCUAUUUAAUAAAUGUUGUGUUGUUAAAAUCUUGUUAAAAUUUCCCCCUUUUUUAAGAAUAAACUGUCACCUUCAAUAUUUUUUGGAUAGUUCUCCAUACUUAAACAAUAGUCAACUUGUUUUACAAAAAUGCACCUUUAUCACAGGUACUUGUAUAGUUUACUUAAAUUUAAUCCCUGUUUUGUGUGUUUUAUUACCCACUGUGCCAUUAUAUUGCUUAAAUUUAGUAUUGAAUCACAAUUAUAGCCCAUGUGUAUUGUGUAUUUUCCAUAAAUCUUUCCAACUGAACAUACUAAUCCAUUCAGUAAAUGAUCAUGAUACCUUUGGUUAAGAUAUCAUCCAUUCCACUGUUUUUCUUCGUGGUUUGGUAGAGCUAGGCAACAGCGUACACACUUUUUUUUUAACAGUUUGGUAUAAUCAAUGCCUUUUUAUCAAAGUUUUUUUCCAUAUAGUGAUCAUUACCUGUACCAGAAAUUGGUAAUUGUUAUUAGACAUAUUAGCAUAAAUGGGGCUGCUUGUACAGAACCUUGUUCAGAGAGGAUACAUGAAAACAUCUUGUAGAAAAAUAUUUCAUAUAAAAAGUACUUUUCUCUGGAAUGAUUAGAAUUUGAACAAAUAUGUUAUCGAAAAAAUAAUAUGGGCAUUUUAGAUAAUUAUUUCCAGGGUGUUUCAGUCAAUUUAAAUACGUUUGCCCAUCUCUAAGCUUAUCUAGUCAAGCGUAUGCCCAUUAGGGACUUAUAGUGGCUAAUAUAGGGUAGGGUGGGAUUUUAAGAUUUUGUUCAAUGCUAUCAUUGUUGAAGACUUUCACUAUGGUUAAGCCAAGUAUGAUUAGGAUAUUAUUAUUUUCUCUCAUCUAUGAUUUGAGAUUGCUAGAUUUAGGUUCUGGAGUUUUAAAAUAUCAUAAUCUGAGGGAAAAAUAGAAGGCUGUACAUCAGCUAGAUAAAUUGGUAAUUCAUUCAUCUUGAUGGUGACAUGUUUUUGUUUAGUCUUGCUAGACCACUGUUUUGCUUUGGGGAAUAUCUUUACACUACAGUUUUUUAUGACUUGGCCAAAACUGCCAUUAUUCCUAUGACCUGCUUUUGCACGAAUGUAUAUACUUUUACUGCUAUGCUAUACUGUUUAGCAAUGCUAGUUUCUGGCUUUGAGAAAGUCUUACAUGUUUUUUCGUGAUAUGAUUCUUAAGAUUGAUUGGCAAGACAAUGAAUUGUAAAAUCUUGUGAGGAUGAUUAUGUAAUUUGGGCCCACAACAUGGUUAGUAUGGCUACUUCAUACAACUACAUUGAAUUUUAUGCAUAGCUAUUCCUAUACCAGAUCUGGACGAUUUACCAUUUUUAAUGUGUGAGUGUGACUGGCUCACCUCUUCAAGGAUCAAUAUGUAUAGUAUCCCAUCCCUUUAUACAGAAAUACUGUUAAAGUUGUCUUCAUAAAUGAUGUUACCUUCACUGAUGUUUCAUUGCAUGCCUUUCACACCAAAUUUAACACUCACCAAGGAAAGCUAUGAUUACUGUUAUAAUACACCUUGCCUUAUAAGUAACAUAUUGUUUAUAGUCAAUAUUACAUAAUAAAAUUUGAAAGAAUGCUGUUUAAAAUGCAAACUUAUACUCCUUGGGCUUGGACUAAGAAUUGAAUUCUGACAAAAAAAAAUGUGUCGAAAAAUCCGCUAUUAACCGGACAUUUUGCACAUUCCUGUAUGCGGUAACAGUAUAUUAUAUUGUUUAUUCGAAUUUGCCAUAUUUUAUUUCUGACUUUUUGAAAUGCUUUACCAAAAGCUGCAAUAAGUUGUAAAAAAAUUAGAACAUCAGGGUAAGUGUUUUUCAUUUUUUAGAUACUUUUAGUUUUUCAUCUUCAAAAGUGCAUUAUAUGGGUAUUGUUCGUUCUUUUAUGUUACUAGUAAUGACCACCAUACACAUCUGGCUUGCUUUACGUAUAGCUUACAACUACUGUGCCUUGCCUAUUGUUUGCGUAAUAUUUUUGUUAUUAUAUACUAACUCGCGAUUGGAUUAGAAAUAGAGAAAAGGUAAUAUUGUAUUCUAUAAUAAUAGAAAAAAGGAUUUUGAAAAACGACGUAUAAGCCAUUUUCUGUCCCAGGUGGCGGUGUGAAACUAGGAUAUUCAAAAAAUUCUUCUAUUACUGUAUUUUGACCACUGAAAUUUUGCAAUAUUGCAACAGGCUAGUUAUCUUUUUUACAAUUGUAUAAAGGUGCAAAGCUUCAAAUUAUUUGUUUUUAAUGUCCUUUUUGUAGGAUAUACAAUGGAUAAUUUCUAGUUUUCUAUAUACACGAUGUUGUGCUAUAUUUACGCAUGUUUUACCUACGAUUUAUCUAAGAUGAAGAUCUUAUUCACCACCAUUUUGUUUUGUUUUCCGGCCAUACCCAAUCGUACUUCAUGUAUAUAAAAACCGUACAUGUUAGUUAAGGAUUCGUAUCAUUAAAGUAUGAUAUAAUAUAG